UUUUAAUUUGUAAAAUAAAAUUUUAAAAAAUGUAUAAUAUAAUUUUACUUUUUGGUGUAAAAAUAAUAUUAUGAUGGAAGUUCCUGGAGUUGGUUCAGGAAUUCUAUUUGAAAACUACUAUUCAAAUUUAUUCAAGAAUAGAUGGGAAAAUUUAUACAAAUCACUCAAGAAUCCCGUUAAAAAUAUCGCACUCAUUCCUCCCUUUUAUUCUAACAUUCCUGCUCAAAACGAUUUUCAUAAUUCCACUGAUUCUGUUGAUAACUUAGAAGAUUCUAACAACAAUUUAACUGAUUUUAAUGAACUUCCAGACGAUGAAUUGGUAUACAAACCAACAGUAUUACCUUGGUGUUAUGAAGUAACUUUCAAGGCCUUAGUUGACCCAAAGGAUUACGAUAAAAUAUUAUUUAACAAGAAUAUUUUCGAUGCCAACGGCUUUGUUUCAAGACUAAACGAUUAUAUUUAUCACCUGGACGGCGCAUCAGCAUUUGGGGCAUUUUGUUUAGAAGCUAAGCCUGGUGAUAAAGUCUUAGAUAUGUGUUCUUCGCCCGGUGGAAAAAUGAUCAUCAUAGCCUCUAACAUGUUCUUUAAUGCUAUGAAUGGAGUAAAUGGGCUAACAAACGGUAUCAAUGGGUCAAACAUGACAACCACUGAAUUAAUAGAUGAAAUAAAGAGUAGGAUGAACAUAAAUAAAUCAAUGCUGAGUGAGAAACAUGGUGAAUCAUUAUUGGUCUGUAAUGAGGCAGUAAAAUCAAGGUAUAAAAGGUUAAUAGAAACAUCUAAGAGGUUUAUUCCUGACAAGUUUAUCUCAGGAAAACACAUCCAAUUUGUAAAUUAUGACGCUACCGACGCGAAUAAAUUUCAAAGAUUUGGUAAAUUUGAUAAGAUUUUAAUUGACGCGCCUUGUUCUUCAGAACGGCAUUUGAUACAUAAAAAUUUAUCUUGGAGUGUUAAAAGUAUUAAAGAAAACUCUAAAAGACAGUUGAAAUUGCUUCAAACUGCUAUUUCACUACUGAAAUCUGGCGGUACCAUUUUAUACUGUACCUGCGCUUUAGAUCCCAUAGAAAAUGAAAUGGUGAUAAAUACAAUUUUAAAGGCAUACGAUGAUAUGAAACAUGUUGAGAUUAGUUAUAAAGACUUAAUUAACAAUGUUACUAGUGGUAAAAAUUUGGGGAGUAUGGAUUAUAACAAGUUUAAGCCAGAAAAAAGAACUUACGGGUGUUCAAUAAUGCCAGAUAAGUCUGAUUUCGGACCCUUAUACAUUGCAAAAUUACAAAAACUAUGAUAAUACUACAUAAAUAGUAUAAUAAAAAUAUAAU